AUGCCAUCCUCCACCCUCUGCCUUGCCGUCCUGGCCAUCCUCUCCUCCGCCUCGGCCCUCAACACCUUUAGAGCCCCCGCCGACAUCGUGGUCGUUGUCCGCCAAGACGACGAUGUGGCCCAUGGCGACUCAUUCGACGGCGACGCCUGGAAGGCAGAGAGUGGCCUCCUAGGGCCCCAGGAGAUCGAUCGCCGUUUCGACUUUGGCGGUUUUGCUUCCAGUGUCAAAGACCAGGCGACUUCAUUCGCCACAGGAGUAAAAUCGCAGGCUACCGAUGCGGCGUCCUCUUUCAAAAGUGCUGGUACAUCUGUGGCCUCGGACGUAAAGAGUGACGCGACUUCAGCUGCCAGUGAUUUCCAAAGUGCUGGUACGGAUAUCGCCUCUUCUGUAAAGAGCGCUGCCACGUCUGGCGCUUCAUAUGUCCAGAGCGCCGCGACUUCUGGCGCAUCGGAUAUCCAGAGUGCCGCAACCUCUGGCGCAUCCGACGUAAAGAGCGACGCGACAUCGGCCGCCUCUGAUUUCCAGAGCGCUGGGACAGCCAUCGCCUCUUCCUUCCAAAGCGCGGGUACAGCUUUCGCGAGCUCUGUCGUUUCUGGUGUUAAUGCAGUGCGCGGCGAUUCCUCUUCUGUGACGAGCAGUGCAGAAAGUAUUGGAAGUGAAAUCCAGAGUCUUGCAACCAGCGCCGCUUCUCAGGCCGUCAGCGUAGCUACGAGCGCCGCUUCAUCAGCUCAACUUGGUGCCCAGAGUCUCGCUUCCAGCGUCUCAUCCGGUUCCGGAUUUGCUUCUCCCAGCUCUGCAGCGUCAAUCAGCCGAGGCGUCCAGGCGGGAACGAUGGGCUUGGUGAUGAGUGUGGGUGCGGCUGUUGUUGGUGCUGGCUAUGUGCUUGCGUAG